UCAUCGCAUCGCGCGGUCAUCAACGCGCGCGUGCACUUCGAUAUUUUUCGCCAAUUCUCGAUCUCAAAGUUGGCGUAGUUUUUUUUCUCUUAGUUCAGUCCAUAUGUUUCAUUCGAAACAGCUGAUGAGCUAAUAUUUUCAAAAUCAGUUUGAGGUUAUGUUUCAUCGCGUGAACAUUUUUACCGAACAAGAAAACAUUAAUUACUCUAAUUGGACUGAAAAUCCACUGACUGCAUCACGAUGGCAUCCCCACAAAACAAUGAGGGAACAAAAGAUAUCAAAUAUAUUUAUAACUUGCCCUUUUUCGAACGUUCCGAAUUAUGUAAAAUAUUAAAUCAAAAUGACAAGUGGGAGGAGCUCGCAGGAAAUUGGAUGAAAUACGAUAUGUUGACGAUUCAAAAUUUGAGAAAAGAGAAAAACCCAACGGAUGAAUUGUUAACAUUAUGGAGUCACUAUAAUCAUACAAUACUUGAAUUAUUUGUCCUUUUAUCAAAAAUGGAGCAUUAUCAGUCAAUGGUGCCAUUGAAGCCGUUCGUAGAUCAAAGAUUUCACGCUCUCAUUGACAGUGGCGAAGGUAAUUUGCGACGAGUUCUGGGCCAAAGGACAAAGAACAAAAAUUCCAAGGAUUUGAAAAUUGGCACACAGAAUUUCAAUGAGAGUGUCCCUCGACCUCCUAUGAUUCCCAAAGUCGUGAUAGCGGAAAGCACUCGAGAAGAGUCUCAUAAAAUAUUGAACCAGCCGAUACAACUUGUACAAGGGAGCGGAGUUGCUCCAAGUAAUUCUAAUAAUUUACUGGUCGUUUCUCCAGUACCAGGCUCCCGUCUUUCACCAGUACUUCAAAAUGUUGCCUCCAGCUCUAAAAACUUGAACACUGUGCCUUUUACUCAUAUUGAAUCUACUCUGCCACAAAUCACCUAUGGUGAAUUGGCUGUAGCGACAGAUCAAUGGAACAAACGUAAUAUUUUGGGAAAAGGAGGUUUUGGCACUGUUUACAGAGGAAUUUGGAAAAACACUGAUGUAGCUAUAAAGGAAAUUGAACGUCGUGGACCAGAAUCGGACAGCAGUUACAUAAUACAGCUGCAACAAUCUCUAAGAGAAAUAAAAAUAUUGAAUUCACGUCCUCACGAAAACAUUCUUCCACUUUACGCGUACAGUCUUGGCGGCGAAUCCCCCUGUUUAGUAUAUCAAUUUAUGCAAAAUGGUUCUCUCGAAGAUAGACUGCUCUUAAGGCAGAAAUCUUUGCCACUCAGUUGGAUGCAAAGGCACGAAAUAGCCAAGGGAACUGCUCGAGGUCUGCAGUAUUUACACACGAUCGGUGAAAAGCCUCUUAUUCAUGGUGAUAUCAAAAGCGCCAAUAUAUUGUUGGAUAAAAAUUUUGAGCCAAAAAUUGGAGAUUUUGGGCUGGCACGAGAAGGUCCCGAAAAAGAAUCCAUGAAGGUUAGUAAAGUUCACGGUACGAGACCCUAUUUACCAGAAGAAUUUCUUCGAGGAAAGACAUUAUCUACGAAGGUAGAUACUUACAGUUACGGCAUCGUGCUAUUCGAGUUAGCGACGGGAUUACCCGCAUACGACGAGUCGAGACCAAAGUAUCGAUUUUUGAAAGACUUUGUCGAUAACUGGACGGAACGAUAUUUACCUCGGCUCAUGGAUAAAAAAGCUGGCGAAGAAUUAAAGGAAGUUUAUCCUAAUUUGAUUGUACUGGGGAAAUGGUGUUCGAAUCGAUUGGCCAAAGAUCGACCGGAAAUGGAGUUGGUAUUUCGCAAGUUAAAGGAUCUCGGAUAACUAUUUUUAACAUUUUUUCAUAACAUUGAAACAUCGAAUGUAAAUCAACAUAUUUUUCAUAACGUAUUUUUGUAAUAAUUUUUUACCUCAAAUGUUACUUCAAAAGUACUUUGGUCGACAAAUAAUUAGGUCACUUGUAUAAUUGUAUAAAAAAGAACGAUUGACUCAAGAAAGCAACAAUAUCUUGUCAUUCACGGAUAUGACGUUCAAGAAUCAUUGUCAAAGAAUUUGUAUUACUGACGAAUUUCAAAUUCGAUGUACAAAUAUUGAAAAUGUAAUAAAUUUGUAAAUAUUUGAUAUUUCA